AUGGACUGGUUUCCCAGACAUUCCGAUUCAUCAUGAUGAGGAUCCUGCGCACUAUGGUCGUCUGCGUCAUCUUCUCAGCGGCUGCCGUUACCUCCGGACCGACUUCGGACGACUGUGAUUGGACGGGGAGUGGCACCCCGGAUAUGGCCCUGUCUCGCGGCGUCCGGCCUGUGUACCUGCGCUGCAACCAAGGAAAAGUCCGAUGGAGCUAUCCCCAGGGCGCUCUCCGGAUCGUCCUGCAGCACAGACCCGCGGGGAAGGAAUUCGUCGCCUGCGUCCGGAGAUCGAACGGCUCCUCCGGGGCCCGGAUCUACGUGGCCGGACGGAAGAAGCUGCACAGGGUGUUCAGUCCCAGAGAUGCUCUCGGCUUGGUCAAGUGCGUCGCGUCCCAGAGGGGCCAAGUGGCACUGUACGUGGAGGCGGACCCCGUGACGGACGCCCUGCGACGCGCCACCUCGGAAUUCAGUUACCACUUGAAGAGGAGGACCGGAAGAUCCAUCGAGAAUGACGUUGAUGAUUGCCGGCCUUGCUCUGAAGAACAACUUCUUCGACAAUAUUGUUCAAGUGACUUUGUGAUCCAAGGUGAAGUUGCCAGUUUAUUUCACAACAAACCUCUGCAGACCACGGAACUGACAGUCAGGGUUUCUCACGUCCACAGAACCAACGAACAGGGGAAAUUCUCCAGUUCCUCGGACUUUUCCACCAACAAACAGGGGAAAUUCUCCAGUUCCUCGGACUUUUCCACCAACGAACAGGGGAAAUUCUCCAGUUCCUCGGACUUUUCCACGAACGAACAGGGGAAAUUAUCCAGUUCCUCGGACAUUUCCACCAACGAACAUGGGAAAUUCUCCAGUUCCUCGGACUUUUCCUCCGGCCUUACAGGGAGUUCCCAAAAUAUAGUCCUGCACAGGCCCUUGCAUUGUGGCACAAAGGCGGGAAAUGGGGAGUACUUGUUUUUCGGUGAUUGGGUACUGGGGUAUCCGAACUUGUACUGUGUUCCGAGACUCGUUGAGUGGAAGAAAGUCAGAAGGAAAGCAUUGAGGACGGGUGUGAGUGAAUGCCUGCUGUAGCUGUGAUAGAUGUCGCGAAGAUGUCCAUGCGAGAGACUCUCAUCGAAAACUCACGAAUGAACGCCUCCAUUCAUCGCAUUUUCUUACUGCCCAACUGUGUGCUUCCAUGAUAGUAAUUGCAGUAGAGUGCCGAUUAUCCGAACUUCAAUUAACCGAACUGUUUCAUCUGCCGAAUUUGUUAUCUGUCUCUGUUUUUUGUUUCCUCGAGUGACUUCGAAACUGUGUCCUACCCCCUCCGUUCCUCGAUCAGUAUGUUGGAAGCACUAACAAAAAAAGUAUGGGCUUCAAAUGAAAUGAACUCUGUUCACGUAACAUCACUGCGGGCAUAUGUGUUCUGGACAAAUAA